GCACCGCCCUUAGUCACGUGAUGCCACACUAAUACAAAUUUCUCAUGACGGUUUUGAAGGUAAGGGAGAGAGACCGCGACAGAAGUGAAUAUUCUUUACUGUUUGUGGUGUUCAGCUGGCACACCGUCAGAGCCGAGUAACUAGGAGUAGUCUCCAGAGGUGGUCGAGUCGGAUUUGCGGGGAUAGUUGCUCCGCGUCGCCGACAAAAGGGUGGAGUUUCCGCGGUAGCGCCGCCGUCGGGCCCAAGUCGACUUUCAAACAUGGCGGCCGAGCCAACACACUUCCAGAGCGAUCCGGCGAGCCAUUUCGUGAAUCACAUUGGACAGAGGUAUGGCAUGCAGGACGUUUCAGACAGCGAUAUUCAACAAAAACUCGAGUACCUCCGAGAACACAUAAAAAACGACAUCAAGAAGGAGUACAAAAUCAAGGAGGGCGCCGAGAAAGUCAGGAAAGUCACCACGGACAAGAAGAGCUUGGCCAACGUGGACAGCAUCGUGAAAAAGUCCAACAAAAAGAUACAAGAGCUACACGAACAGUUACAGGAACUGAACGCCCAUAUAGUCGUGUCACAGUCGGCAUCGGAGUCAGCGGACCUAACCGACUCGGAGCCGUUCUCCCCAGAUGAGAAGGGAUCGAAGCGAGACAGCGGGACCAACUUCAACAGUCGGGUGUCGGCCCUGCAGAAACAGCUGACUAUCGAGAUGAAGGUGAAACAAGGGGCGGAGAACAUGCUCAACAUGUACUCAACAGGUUCCUCUAAGGACCGUAAACUCCUAGCUGAGGCUCAACAGAUGCUGAAGGACAGCAAGACCAAGAUAGAAAUCAUCCGCAUGCAGAUUCUCAAGGCCGAGACACAGACUAGUCAGGAGAACCACGUUCCUGAGGCUUCGUCUGGGGACACCGCAACGCCAUGUAUCACAGACACUUAUACAACCCAGCGUCUGCUGAGAGGACUGGCCAACUUAAGCCUCUCUGGCAGUCCGUUGGAAAGCGGCAGCGCUGACGAACUGAGGAUAGCGACCCUCAGACAUCACAUGAAGAUCGAGUCGGCCAUCGUGGAGGGCGCCAAGAACGUGGUCAGACUGUUGGGUGCGGGAAAAGAGACAGACAAGAGAGCUGUGUCAGAGAAGUCUCGGAGUAGGUGGUCCGGUAUGUCUCUCGGCGAGGAGGCCUCCAACGGGCAUUGGAGCCCGCGAGUCUACCACAUGAGGUUGUGGGGCAGCGGAACGAGGCGGCGCCAAAAACGGACCAUAACGUGUACAGAAGAGGCACAAACCAAGCUCCAGGAGUCGUCCCAGAAGCUGGACAUCUUGAAGUUCUCCUUGGAGAAGCACUUGAAGAACAUGCCCGAGGCCUCAGACAAGAGGAAGGAAAUUGAGUCGGAGCUGUCGCUGACCUCCCCGGUCUCGUACAGGACGUCCGGGAGCUACGCGCAGCAGACGUACUCAGCCUACCCCAAACCUGCCGCUCUGACGGGUCGCCUGGAUGUACGCCUGAUGGGCUGUCAGGACUUGUUAGAGAACGUCCCCGGAAGGUCGCGGAGUAGCAGCCCCACGUUCCCCGUCAGCAGCCCGGGGGAGACGAAGAGCGGCGGGUUCAUGUCCGCAAAGCGAAGUUUCCACGGGCGCAACAGCAGCAAAACAUACAGUGUCAAACCAGAGGACUUAUCAAAUGAAGUUAUGGCAGUUAUGAAGUUAGACAACAAAAUGGUCAGCCAAACAGCGUGGAAGCCAUGUAGUAAUCAAGCCUGGGACCAGAGAUUUAAUAUAGACUUAGAUAGGUCAAGAGAGUUAGAGAUAGCAAUCUAUUGGAAGGACUGGCGGUCGUUAUGUGGGAUGAAGUACCUCAGGUUAGAGGACUUCCUGGAUAACCAGAGGCAUGGUCUGUGUGUGGACAUCGAGCCCACAGGAAAACUCUUCAUAGAGGUAACCUUCUAUAACCCUGUAAUAGAGAGGAAACCCAAGCUUCAGAGGCAACGCAAGAUCUUCCCAAAACAUAAAGGAAAGAACUUCCUGAGGCCAGGGCAGAUGAACAUCAACGUUGCGACGUGGGGAAGGCUGAUGAAAAGAGCGCUGCCGCAGGCAUGUGGAACUAGUCCCUCCACCUUCAGUCCCAUUAGUGAGGUCGGAAGUGGCGGCGCCACGCCGGUCAAACCCAGCACGCCGCACGAGAGAACGGCCGCGCACAGGUUAGAGUUCGAGCAGGAGCCCCCGGAGAAACCACCACGCGGCGAAUCGCUACAGGACAACAACUCGGGAAGCAAGAAGAACUCCGUAGCAGAACACGAAGUCCAAGUUAGUGAGAGCGUUUCCUCUCCCGGUUUUUACGACAGCGUAAUGGAUGCCUUGUCUGCGUUUGACUUCCUCGGCGGGGACCAGUCGCCAGACACAUCACUAGAGUCCCCCGGGAUCAGACCGGGCGCACUGACGGCGCCGCCGCCCGUACCGCCACACCAACAGGAAUACACAGGCACAUCAUCGACCAUGACCAUGGACAACUUCCGCCCGGUAGCGGUUCUAGGAAGGGGACAUUUUGGGAAGGUACUGCUAGCCGAGUACAAGAACACAGGGGAGCUCUUCGCCAUCAAGGCUCUGAAAAAGGCCGACAUUCUGGCGAGAGACGAGGUCGAAAGCUUGAUGUGUGAGAAGCGUAUUUUCGAGGCAGCCAACUCCAUGCGGCACCCGUUCCUGGUGAACCUGUUUGCGUGCUACCAGACGAAGGGCCACGUGUGUUUCGUGAUGGAGUACGCCAGCGGAGGCGACCUCAUGAUGCACAUCCACUCCGACGUUUUCUCUGAACCCAGGACCGUGUUCUAUGCAGCUUGUGUUGUGCUGGGGUUGCAGUUCUUACAUGAACACAACAUUGUGUACAGAGACUUGAAACUGGACAACCUGUUGCUGGACUCGGAAGGUUUCCUGAAGAUUGCCGACUUCGGCCUGUGUAAGGAAGGCAUGGCGUAUGGGGACAGAACCAGCACGUUCUGCGGGACGCCAGAAUUUCUCGCGCCCGAAGUCCUGACGGAAACGUCCUACACGAGAGCGGUAGACUGGUGGGGACUCGGAGUUCUCAUCUUUGAGAUGUUGGUAGGAGAGUCACCGUUCCCAGGUGACGAUGAGGAGGAAGUGUUUGACAGUAUCGUGAAUGACGACGUUCGCUACCCCAGGUUCCUGUCCACAGAGGCCAUUGCCAUCAUGAGGCGGUUACUGAGGAGAAACCCAGAGAGAAGACUGGGGUCCACAGAGAGAGAUGCAGAGGAUGUCAAGAAACAACCUUUCUUUAGAAAUGUGAAUUGGGAUGACCUCCUGAUGAGAAGAGUUAAACCGCCGUUUGUGCCAACAAUUAAACAUUCAGAAGAUGUUAGCAACUUUGACGAGGAGUUUACGACAGAAGAACCGAUCCUGACUCCCCCGCGGGAACCACGGCACAUCUCCGGAGAUGAACAGGAGAUGUUUAAAGAGUUCGAGUACAUGGCGGACUGGUGCUAACAAGGAUGGACCAUAGAUAAAUAUCAUAUACUAUGUAUAGUUUCUCCUGAAAAACUUUGGCUGAUAUUAUUCUUCAGCUGAAAAAUAAGCUUGGGAAGAUGGUUGAGGUGAUUAUUGAAAGGUUUAGUUAUCAUAAUAAUCAGCGGGGAAUGCUCUUGUUAUUAUUAUUAUUACCAGGAAAAUACACGUACUACUACAGUGAUGUCCGAGCCUGCUUGCUUGCCAUGUCACCAAUGCCAGGGAGUGAUGAAAUGAUUCUUAUUUUACACUACGCAAAGAUGGAAACAAAAUCAGCAUUUUAAAGCUUAUGUAAAAGUUGUGGUAGAUGCAUAACUGUCAAUUUUACCAUUUCUUACUUACGUAAGUUAGAAGCGAGGAAACAUUUAACAAGAGUGCCCAGACUUAGCCCAUGUGAAAGUCUCCAAACACAAUCAUAAUACUCUUGCAAAAUCUUCAAAAAAAAACUAUUUGUUCACAGUUAUACUGGUUUUCAAGAGCAAAACCAUUAUUUGGAGAUGCGAAUGAAAGUUUGCAAAUAGGAGGCUUGGUAAUCUAACCCUGAUUUUUGGACUUAGCAAGUAUUACCAAUACUGAAGAAAUCGCUGCAAAUACGAUUGCAAAAUUACUGUCAAAGCCAUUUUUGCAUUUUAACUCAAUUUACACUUAUAAGAUGCUAGCUAUUUAUGUUACAAAGUUGACAUAACUUCAGAUAUACAGAGCACAUUCAGAAAUGUUAACGUUUAACCCAACACAGUUGGCUAUGAAGUCAUUGUAUCAAUUUUCUAUACAAGUGAAGGAAAGAUAUCCAACCUAUUGUACUUCUCCUUGGUGGAUUUUUUUUGUAGAUAGGAGGAAAAUUUUCUAUACAAAAAUUUCUAGUACAUAUCUUUACAUACAUGAAGAAUAUACAGCACUAUUUGUUGAUUUAAAGGUCAAGGCAGCAAAAUGGGAAUAAUGCUAUGCACUGUGUUGUUGAUAGUGCCUUGGCUAUCACUUACUGAUAUGCAAAUUUGUGGUGUUUAUGAAUAACUUGUGCUAAAAAUGGCGCCGGAAACAUUUAUUUAUGCAACACUGAUGCCCAAGUCAUGCUUAUAUUGAGGGUUUAUUCAGUUGAUGUUUGGGGGAGGAUCAUUUUUUUAGGCUACCUUUUAAGAAAAGUGACUUACUGCACAAUGAAAGGGAACAAAUUUAUAUCAAGACUUUUUAUAGAGGUUAUAACAGGGUUUGUUCCUCCCCCAGAACAUCAAAUGGUCGAACCCCCUUACAAAGAGAUGGGAACAUGUAUUCUAAGAAAUGUACUUGUCACAGAAAAUGUUUUUAGCUAUAACAGAAUAUAGGGAGCACUUUUUUGAAGGUUAUGUCUGUAUGUACCAUUGUCAGGGUAGGGACCACUGUUACUGCCAUUAUAUCACCCACUAACUGUUGAACAAAAUUUUGAAUAUCAAAAUCAGUUUUUUAUAUGCAAGUAGGUACCCAAGAAUAGUGAAUUGCAUUUGGCUUGUGCUAUUCUUGUAUAUGAUGUUCAGUGGUGUAUAACAGAUAUAAGAAUUACGCCAGGGGAAAGCAAGUAAUAGUAUUUGUGACAAAUCCUUUGAAUCAUUAAUACGCUUAACUACGCAGAAUUUUAUUGCUCCUUAACCAAUUUAUUAAAGCUAAAACCUCAGAAGUAGAAAUGCCUUUGCCCCUGAGGCAUCGCCAAAAAAAUAUGUAUGUCAGCCACUACCUCCCACAAGUACAAAAGACAAGGGAAAUUUUCCUACUGUUUCAAAUGCACCGCUUUAAACACACUUCAGAAAUAACUUUUCUUUAUCACUUAUGUAUACAUCAUCAUCAUGUACUGGGUACAUACAUGAAAAGAAAGUUUGCAUUUACAGUGAUUUUGCCAUUGUUGUAUGACUUGUGUAGUAUCACGGGUAUGUACUAGAAGACAGUGCCAUCGUACUUGACACACAUUGUACUUAAAAACUUGUGGAAUCAUGUGAAGAAAGCACCGCCACAGAAAUCUUGUACAGUCUUGUAGCUAAUAGCUUGAGCAAGCAAUAACUGGCACAAAAUGGUGUGAUUGCAAGGAACGCUGUAGACAAAUAUUUGAAAUGGUAUGAGCACAAGUUAUGGAGUUUUAAAAGGGCUGUUCCAGUUUAGGAGGGGUGUGUAUGGUGUUUUUCUUUUAUUAUCACAUCUUCUAUGCGGAAAGUAAAUUCAAAAGUAAGAUGUGGACAAAAUUUAAACACUCAAAAUAUCCACCCACCCCUGCCAGAUAAAGUGGAACAUCCCAACAAGGUGAACAUUAUUGACUGCAAUGCCUUUGCAGUCACUAGGGGGACAUGCAGAGCUCCGUCAUAUAGUGCCAGACUUAGGUACUAAAAAAUGUGAGCCAACAUUGUACAUAGUUUUGUAUAGUAUGCAAUUAUAGUACCAUGGUACAACUGUGGGUACUUACUUGUACAUUUCAAGAGGGAGGUGUUGUCUUGGUCAUUGUAUUUUUGAAAUGGCCAGGGAAGAACUGUUCCUUCUCUUUUAUUCUGUGUAGAGAUGUCUGGUAGAUUGUUGUUUCCGUUUCCCCUCCUCGAUGUCUGAUGAUGUAAGUGUGUAUUAUUCAUGGGAGAAGAUUAAAGCAGAAAUCAGAUACCCAA